GUCAUUUAUCAAUUUUCUUUGUCUAGCCUUUGAAGCAACGACCGAUUGAAAUUUCAAAGAAACGACCUUCCAUAAUCUUUAAAUAACCCUUGCUGUUUCUAUAAUUUGUAUUCAAUUUUGCUUUUUCUGGUGGAGAUAGCAAAGAUGUUAGAGAAGAUCGGAUUGCCGCCAAAGCCUGCCCUGAGAGGGAACAAUUGGGUGGUUGACGCCUCACAUUGUCAAGGAUGUUCCUCGCAGUUCACAUUCAUCAAUCGCAAGCACCACUGCCGUAGGUGUGGGGGCUUGUUUUGCAAUAGUUGUACCCAGCAAAGAAUCUUAUUACGUGGACAAGGUGAUUCACCAGUACGAAUUUGUGAACCCUGUAAAAAACUUGAAGAGGCAGCACGUUUUGAAUUGCGACAUGGAAACAAGAAUAGAUCGGGCAGAGGUUCAAAAUUGACAUCUAGAUCUGAUGAUGAAGUUUUAAAUCAGAUUCUGGGUAAUGAUGGAAAGGGAUUGGUUUCAUCAGGACGAGGAUCUGCCACUGACAUGGUUUCCAGUAUCCAUAGGGCAACAAGCAGUGCAUCAUGUUCGAAUGUUCAAGAAGUUGCCACUCAGGAUGAGGGAGGAGAAAUUCUUAGAAGUCUCUCUGUCGAGGAGCCUAAUAACAUGCUGAUGGAGAUGGGAUCUGCUAGUCCUGAAGAAUUGCGCCAACAAGCUGUGGACGAAAAAAAGAAAUACAAAAUUUUGAAAGCAGAAGGAAAAUCUGAAGAAGCUCUAAGAGCCUUCAAAAGGGGAAAAGAGCUUGAGCGGCAGGCUGGAGCUUUGGAACUAUCGUUAAGAAAAAAUCGUAAAAGGGCUUUGUCGUCAAUCAACAUGAUUGAAAUCCAGAAAAUCAAAGAUGACCCUAACAACUCUGGCAGAAAAAAUCCACUCCCUCCUCAGAAGAGUAAAGAAAAAGAUGACCUUGCUGCAGAACUCAGAGAUUUGGGGUGGUCUGAUAUGGAUAUGCAUAAUGCAGACCAAAAAAAGGCAAGCAUGAGUUUGGAGGGUGAACUUUCUACUCUGCUCGGAGAAGUCUCUCAAAAACCUAAGACAGAAAAGAGAGCUGGUGGCAUUGAUAAGGCCCAGAUCAUUGCUCAUAAGAAAAAGGCUCUUGCUUUGAAGCGUGAAGGGAAACUGGCUGCAGCAAAGGAAGAACUGAAGACUGCAAAAGUUCUUGAAAAGCAACUUGAGGAACAGGAAUUCUUGGCAGAGUUUGAAGAUUCUGAUGACGAGCUUUCCUCUUUGAUUCGUAGUAUGGAUGUUGAUAAACAAGAAGACUUGUCAAUCAGGCAUGAACUAGGUACUGGUUUUGAUGUUGAUGACCUGGGGGGCCUUGGUGAUGAUCUUGGUAUUGAUAAUAAUUUUGAAGUGACUGAUGGGGACAUGGAUGACCCGGAAAUGGUCGAUGCCUUAAAAUCAUUAGGUUGGACUGAGGAAGGUACUCAUCCUGAAGAAGUUGAGCCCCAGCUUGUCCCUAUUGAUAAGGAAGCAUUGUUAAGUGAAAUUCAGUCCUUGAAAAGGGAAGCUGUUAAUAAAAAAAGGACAGGUAAUAUUGCGGAGGCAAUGGCAUUGUUAAAGAAGGCAAAAGGACUUGAAAAGGACCUUGACAACUACGAUUCUCAAGGAACUAAUUUUAUUGAACAUUCAAACAAGGUGGGAGUGAGAAAUGUCGACGGAAGAAAAGAUAUGGACCGUAACCUGCCACCAAAGAGUAGAGGACUGAUUCAGAAAGAGCUUUUGGCCCUGAAAAAGAGGGCUCUUGCUUUGAGAAGGGAAGGUCGAUUAGAGGAGGCAGAUGAAGAGUUGAAGAAAGGGAAGGUUCUUGAGCAGCAGCUUGAAGAGAUGGAUAAUGCUUCAAAGUUUAAAGUAGCACAGGUAAACAUGAGUGAUAAGCAUGCUGAUGAUUUUUCUACUAUUGAUCUUGAAGGAGAAGGGGAUGUGACAGAUCACGACAUGCAUGAUCCAACAUUUCUUUCACUUCUUAGUAACUUGGGUUGGAAGGAUGAAGAGGAUGAACAUGUGGCUGUUCCAUCUAAAGCUUCUAAGGAAAGUGAAACUCCUCCUUUAAAGAUCAGUGAUACCUCUGUUACUCAAGCCCCUACUACCAUCCAGGUUGGGGCAUCUAGAAGAAGUAAAGGUGAAAUCCAGAGGGAACUCUUAGGCUUAAAAAGAAAGGCGCUUUCUCUAAGACGCCAAGGGGAGACCGAGGAGGCGGAUAAAGUUCUGGAAAUGGCAAAAGUAUUAGAGGCACAGUUGGCAGAGAUUGAAGUGCCAAACAAGGAGGUCCGGGUUGAAAUAGAUAGAAGAAUGGGAAAUGAGAUAAUCAGUUCUCCCCUUAAAACUACAGUUGAUGAAAGAGAUGUGUCAGAAGAAGAUAUGCAUGAUCCAGCACUGCUCUCAGUGAUGAAGAAUUUGGGGUGGAACGAUCAAGUUGAAACUGUAACCAUGCAAGCAGAACAUUCUAAACCAACUGCUAGUAGUUCUGUACAUUCUGAUGACCUAUCCAUGGUCCCAUCCUCUCCAGAAGUUCUUGUUGUUCCACCAAAAAGGAGCAAUCGGGAUAUUCAAAAGGAAAUUUUGGGGUUGAAAAGAAAGGCUCUUGCCCUUAGACGAAAAGGAGAAACUGAAGAAGCUGAGGAAAUUCUGAGAACUGCGACAUUAUUAGAGGCCCAAAUGGAAGAAGUAGAAGCCCCCAAGAAAGAACAACCGUUUGACGGUUCAAAUGAUAAAGAACCUCAGAGUUUUGGGCCUCAAAGUGUGAAGGAUGGUGUGGAAGUAAAUAAAGGGACAACACAGGCAGCAGUCGGUCAGAAUAGAAAAGAUGUUGAGAGGCCCACAAGUUUAGGAUGGAAUGAAAAGGGUACAAAUAAUCCUCCUCCAAGGAUUUCUGAUAUUUCAAUUCCUGUAAUGGCCCGGUUAGAAGAUUUAGGUCCUCCAGGUGAAACAAGAAAAGCAGAAGGCACUGGAUUCAUUCUUCCAUCAGGUCAGUCCGCAAGCAUAAUGGAUUUGCUUACCGGUGAUGAUUGGAGAAAUUCUCAAUCAUCUGAGAAAAAUGUUGAAGAUUGGGGCAGUCAAGAGAGUGUUGCAUAUGGAAAACGAGAAGAAACAGUUGAUUUGAACGAGAAGCCACAUAUGGAUGAAUCAAAUUCAGUUCAUUUGACUGUUUCUCAGAAUGACCAAGCUUCUCUCCGACAAGAAAUUCUGGCACAAAAAAGGCGGGCAGUUGCUCUCAAGAGAGAAGGGAAAUUGGCGGAAGCUAGGGAGGAACUUCGGCGGGCAAAACUCUUAGAGAAGUCUCUGGAGGAUGUCAAUAAUCCCCAACCUGGUAGUGGUUCUAGUUCUGUAUCAAUCUCCACUCCCAAUGCUGCUUCAAGUGGACAAAAAGAGCAUAGUUCAUCAAAUUUGGCUCCAAGACCCCCUGGUUCUAGUUCGGUAUCAAGGUCUACUCUCGAUGUUGCUUCCAGUGGACAAAAAGGGCAUAGUUCAUCAAAUUUGGCUCCAAAACCCUUGUCCAGUCGUGAUCGUUUCAAGAUUCAACAGGAGUCUCUCAGCCAUAAGCGGCAGGCACUGAAGCUGCGAAGGGAAGGUCGAACGGAAGAAGCAGAUGCUGAGUUUGAAUUAGCGAAGGCUCUUGAAACUCAGUUGGAGGAGUUGGCUGGCCAUAAUUCCACGAAAUCUUCUGUUAGUGGAGCAGAACCAGUUGAUGAUGUUGGUGUUGAAGAUCUUCUUGAUCCUCAACUUCUGUCUGCUUUGAAAGCAAUAGGUUUGGAAGAUGCUAGUAUUGUAUCCCGAGGCCCUGAAAAACCAGAGCCAGCAAAACCCGUUGUGGUUAAGAGUGAAAAUUCUAUCCAGGAGAGAAUUGAACUGGAGGGGAGGAUUAAGGCGGAGAAGGUAAAGGCAGUAAACUUGAAACGUUCUGGAAAGCAAGCUGAAGCCUUGGAUGCUCUUCGGCGAGCCAAAAUGCUUGAAAAGAAGCUGAAUUCUUAGUUUUACACACACAGAGAAUCAUGUCAUUUCCUUGCAAAGUUGGAGUGAGGCUACUGUGGAAGAAUGGCUUGGGCCAUGAUGAGUAGAAGUAAAAGAUAUAAAAAUUAUUGAAGAAUUCAGGCUUCUUGGGGGAGUUGUAUACUAAUAACAUGUAACAACAUAUUGUUACAUUUUUCUUACGAACAAUUUCGAAAAUGUUAAUUUGAAAAAGAUUGUUGGAGAUGUAUGGGUUAGGUUGUGUGAAUUGUGAUAAUUAAAAUCAAGAAAGUAUGGUUUGUUCGAGCA